AUGGCUGUGCAAAGUUUUUUCCUGUUUUUAUUGGGAAGUUUGUUUUUGAUUUCGGUACAAUCCCACAGCCCUGAUGAAUACUACAGCUCAGUGGCCAAUUUGGAGUAUCUUCUCGAAACCGAGCGGUCUAUCCUAACUACAAUUGAGAGAUACAUUCGAUUAUCUGAGGAAAAGAUUAGUUUUCUGAAACGUCAGAAAGAGGAAAUGGAAGAAGAAAUCAAAGGUGCAUCCAAAGAUGCUAUUUCAUUUGUUUCAAACCCAAUCAAUGCUUUUUUGCUGAUAAAACGAUUGAUGAAGGAUUACAAGAAAAUAGAUGAUUUAAUGCAAUUGGGACUGGACAUUCAUCUAUUCGAAAGCUUAUCCAUGCAACCAACUCAAACUGAUUAUGUUGGAGUCGUUGAGGGUUUGGUGCACUUACAAGACACGUACAAGCUAAAGGCAGAGGAUUUGGCCCGAGGUGAAAUACUUGGACAGGUGAAAAGCAGACCAUUGGCUUCUAAUGAAUGCCAAGCCAUCGGAGUCGUUAUGGGUCAACUGAAGGAACAUGAGUACGCAAUUGAGUGGCUAAGAGAAGCGCUGCGCCGAUGGUCGUCUGAACAUCAUAAACCGAUAAGCAAAUUUGAAAUUUUGGAUUUCCUAUCAUACAGCUUGGCAGAAAACGGACAAUAUGAAGAGGCUCUUAAGUAUACCAAUCAGUUGAUAAAACUGGAUCCUUCGAGUGAACCGUCCAAAAACAAGAAAAAAAUCAUAGAAGACUGGUUAAAGCAUGUUGAAGAGAAUGGACCAAGAGCGAAGCCCGUAAAACCUUUCCGGGGCUUAUAUGAACCAUUAUGCCGCGGUGAGCACAUGAGAACUCCGGAAGCCGUCGCCAAUCUACGAUGUCGAUUUGAGACGACAAAAUCCCCCUUCUUGAGAAUAGCUCCUUUCAAAAUGGAAGAAGCUAGUCUGGAUCCACUGAUCGUGAUCUAUCAUGAUGUACUGUCGAAUAAGGAAAUCGAAAAGCUAAUUAAGCUCAGUAAACCCUUGCUAAGAAGAUCGAUGGUGGGCGAGAAUGGAACAAAAGAAGUGUCCAAGCAAAGAACAAGCCAGAAUGGAUGGUUAGAUGAUACGCAAUAUGAGUUUGUGAAAAAGAUUAGUUCGAGAACCGUCGAUAUGACUGGUUUGGAUAGAAAGGGUUACGAAAACCUUCAGGUAAACAAUUACGGAAUCGGGGGAUGCUAUUUUCCGCAUUUUGAUUGGACACGGCCAAACGGAACAGAGCCAGUUUAUAAAUCGUUGGGGCUGGGCAAUCGAAUCGCAACUCUUAUGUACUACUUAAGCGACGUUGAAAAAGGAGGUGCAACUGUUUUUCCUCAAAUUGGCGUCGGAGUAUUUCCGAAGAAGGGUUCUGCUAUCUUUUGGUACAAUUUACUUCCAGACGGAACAGGCGACGAGCGGACGCUACAUGGAGCUUGUCCAGUGUUACUGGGUUCUAAAUGGGUUGCCAAUAAGUGGAUCCAUGAAUAUCACCAGGAGUUCAGACGACCUUGCGAUCUUCAACCUAAUAAUGCGAAUAAAAGUUAGUUUGAAUCUGAUGUGAGAGAGAAUAAUAUUUUAAAUCAAAACUGA